CUGAAAGUUGUCAGUGAUCAGUCAGUGUUGGACUCCAGUAUCUGUGCAGCCUCUGAAGGACUGGAAAAGGUGACUCUGAAUAAGGACCAGUUACUAUUGGAUGAUCAGGACUGUGUUGAGAAGAUGUCACCUGUCAAAGAGCAUGUGUUGAAUGAGGAGCAGAGCUUUUGUGCCCCAGUUGAAGGAGUUAAGGAGGUCUGCAGACAUGUUGUGGUCACUUCAGCAAUAUCAAGCAUGGAUAAAUGUGCUGAAUGUGUGGGACCUGUUGCAGCUCUCAAGUGGAUUGGCCUGAGAUGUAAAUUGUGCUCCAGUUUUUGGCAUAAGUCCUGCUAUCUGAAGCGUCAUGAAUGGGAUGGAAGACGGUCAUCGUGUGAAGUAAGUUCAGAGGAAGAUGAGCUGUCAGAUGAGGAUUACAUACCUCAGUCAGAGUCAGACCAUCAGUCAGACAGUUCAGAUGAGUUGACAACAAGACCAGCACGUUACGACCAAGCUAAACUCUUAGAUAUACAGGAAGCUGCGUCAUCUAAGUUUAGUGAACAUCUGAGAUCAGAUGUAACUACCCUGAAUGUGUCUAAGGGCAAAGGAAAAGGAGUCCUGAAGGUCAUGGAAGCAGCAAGUGUGUAUGAUGAGUCUGAUUUAAUGUGUCAUGAGGAGCAGUUUACUGAUUUUGAGACAGACAGUGAAUCAGACUUUCCCAGAAAGCAAGACUCAGUGGUAUGCAGGUCAACAGAUGUGCUUAUGUCAUCACCUCAAUCACACAAUAGUAAGCUUUUGAAUUCAAAAAGCACAGUAACAUUGAGAGAAGAGAGGGAACGCAGCAUGGCUGGAGGUGAUCAUUGUGUGCAGUCACCAAAAAUCUCCUGUUCAGCAAAUAGGAAGAAUUAUUGUUACAUCUGUGGCAAACCUCAGUCCAAGUUAGCUCGCCAUUUGAAAACUCAUAUGGCUGAAGUUGAAGUUGUUCAGGCUUUGUCACUCCCAGUUCACUCAAAAGAACGUAAAGCAAUGCUGCAAAAGCUCAGGAACAAGGGCAACUUUCAGCAUAACACUGACGUUUUACAGUCUGGAGAGGGGGCUCUUAAAAUAAAACGAGCACCAAAAAGAAAGUGUGAUUCAAAGCAGUUUUUGCAUUGCAUGUACUGCAAAGGGUUGUUUGUACGGAGAGAUCUGUGGCGUCAUUUAAAAAGAUGUCCCUCAAAACCAGCAGCUGACAGUGAAGAGCAAGGGAGGAGGAGAGUCUUGGGCCUGGCAUCUAUGGCAGAGUCUUCAUUCAGUCAGCACAUAUCACAAGGAGUUUGGAAACUCUUAGGUGUGAUGAAGCAGGAUGACAUUUCCGCUGUGGUCAAAAAUGACCUGAGUAUUCUUCAGCUUGCACAGUCGUUUUUUAACAAACAUGGUCAUGACCCUACCAAAUUUGAGUAUAUUCGACAAAAACUCCGUGAAGUUGGAAGAUUGUUGCUGACUUUGCGUAGACAGUUUUCUGUGUACAGUCUUGAAGAAGCUCUGAAACCUGCCAAUUUUCAUAGACUUAUUCGAGCGGUUCAAAUGGUGUCUGGCUAUGAUGAUGAGAGCCACUGCUACCAGAGCCCAAGCCUUGCCCUGAAACUGGGGCAUUCGUUGAAUAAGAUUUGUGAAAUCAUUCAGUGCCGAGCACUGAUGUCUGAAGACAAGGAAUUGAUCUCAUCAACAGAGACCUUCAAAAAGCUCUACUCCUCAAAGUGGUCUGAGAUGAUCUCACACACUGCUUUGGUGACACUGAAUGAGGCCAAAUUUAACAAGCCAUCAACACUUCCCUUCACCCAGGAUGUCCAGUCUCUUCAUCAGCUCCUUGAGAAGACUGCAGAUACUGCUUUUCAGAAACUACAAGAGACUGCAUCUCCUCAAAGCUAUGCAGAACUGGCCAAAGCAACACUCACCAGAAUCAUUGUUUUCAACCGCAGACGUGCAGGAGAGGUCUCUAAAAUGCCGCUGAAGGCUUUCAAUGAAAGGGACGGCACUUCUCUCCAUGAAGAUGUAGCGAUGGGCCUGAGCAAGUUUGAGCAGAAACUCUGCAGCCAUUUCAGUCGAGUUGAGAUCAGGGGGAAGAGGGGAAGAAAGGUUGCGGUUCUUCUCUCUCCUGAUAUGGUCGAUGCCCUGAUGCUACUGGUCAGCAGGAGAGGUACAUGUGGAGUGCUAGACACUAAUACUUUCUUGUUUGCUCGGCCAAACUGCCAGAGUUACUACAGAGGCCAGGACUCUCUGAGGGUAUAUGCAAGGGAAUGUGGAGCUCAAAAUCCAGAAUUUCUCAGAUCCACUCAUCUUCGCAAGCACGUGGCUACGCUCUCUCAAAUCCUAAACCUGAAAAACAACGAGUUAGAUCAGGUUGCUGAUUUCUUAGGGCAUGACAUCCGUGUCCACCGUGACUAUUACAGACUGCCAGAAGCCACUACUCAGCUUGCUAAAAUAUCAAAGCUACUGUUAGCCAUGGAAAAGGGCUGCCUUCCUAAUCUUCAAGGCAAAUCCCUUGAUGACAUUGAGAUUGAAGAUGAGAUCAACAUGACAGAUACUGAUGACAGUGAUGCUGAAGAAAGUGAAUCUGAUGAUGAGGCUCUUGCUGGAGCUGCGGGAAACUCCAGUAAUGCUGGUGUUCAGAAGAUGCCCAUUGAGAGCACCACUGAACUUCCUGAAGAGAGUGAGAGUGAGGCAGAAACUGAAAACCCACGGAGAGGGCAGAAGGUGUCCUGGUCAAACGCUGAAGUUACAGCUGUAAUGAAACAUUUUAAGGGCCACAUAGCUAAAGGAAAACUGGCCACACUGACUGAAUGCCAGCAGUGUAAAUCUGCUGAGGAUCCUGUUUUGGUGAGACGCAGUGCACAGAACAUAAGGGAUUUUGUAAGAAAUCGAGGAAUUAGCUUAAAAAGGAAAACCCAAAGCAAGUGAUGUUACAGUACAUUUUGUGUGUUCUUGAUGCCAUUCAAUUAACAUUAGCACUUUGGCUGUUGUUUUUAUUUCCCAUAGUGCAAUACUGUUAUGGCAGCAGUUCAUACGAAUAUCUCCUUGUAGAAAUCGAGGUUGACUGUUAGUUUGUCAAAAAUUACAAAAUUGUGUCAAUUUCUCAUUGAUUUUUGGAUGACCUGUCCCUUAAAGAGAAUUUAACUUCCAGAAUGAAAACUGUCAUCAUGUACUAACCCUCCACUUGAUCCGGACCUGCAUCAGUUUCUUUCUUCUGUUGA